UGUCCCUUUAAACGAAUAGCUGGUGUUUUAAACAUUUUAUUUAAAUAUACAAACGGGGGUUAGGUGUCUACAGAUGUCUGACAACCAAGAAGAAAAUAAAAAAGGUGAGGAGCAGCCUGAUACACCUGAUCACGAGGCUGAGUCAGACGACAGCAGUGAGGAAGGCGACGCUUCUGGAGACAGUGAAAUGGAUUUCUUGCGCAGUCUCUUCUCUCGGACUCUCGGACUGAGCCCUGGAGAGAAAGUCCUUGAUGAACUGAGCCUUGCUGGAGUUGCUCGUUAUAUCCAGAGUGGUAAAUGCAAGAAUGUUAUCUGUAUGGUGGGUGCAGGAAUAUCAACCUCGGCCGGCAUCCCUGACUUCCGCUCUCCUGGAACCGGCCUCUAUUCCAACUUACAGAAAUACAACCUGCCAUACCCGGAGGCCAUCUUUCAGAUCGACUACUUCAAGAAACAUCCAGAACCUUUCUUUGCUUUGGCCAGAGAGCUCUACCCCGGACAGUUUAAGCCUACUGUGUGUCAUUACUUCAUGAGGAUGUUCAAGGAUAAAGGCCUUCUCAAACGCUGCUAUUCGCAGAACAUUGAUACGUUAGAGCGAGUGGCAGGACUGGAAGGAGAUGACUUGAUCGAAGCCCAUGGAACCUUUCACACUUCACACUGUGUGAGUUUCCUCUGCCGGAAGGAGUACAGCCUGGAGUGGAUGAAAGACAAGAUCUUUGCUGAGGACAUCCCGAAGUGUGAAGCCUGCAACAGUCUCGUCAAACCUGAUAUUGUGUUCUUUGGCGAGAAUCUACCUGCUCGAUUCUUCAGCUCAAUGAAAAAGGAUUUUCCUCAGUGUGAUCUUCUUAUCAUCAUGGGCACGUCUCUGCAGGUUCAACCUUUUGCAUCUCUUGUCAGCAGAGUUCCCAACAACUGCCCUCGGCUCCUCAUCAACAUGGAGAAGUCAGGACAGUCGGACUUUGCAAUGGGCUUGCUGGGAUUUGGAGGAGGAAUGGAUUUUGAUUCAGAUAAAGCCUACAGGGAUGUUGCACAUUUGAGUACGUGUGAUGACGGUUGCUUGGCGCUAGCAGAGCUGCUGGGUUGGAAGGCUGAGCUAGAGGAGCUGGUGAAGCGUGAACACACUCUUAUUGACAGCAAAGACGCGAAAAAGAAAGGCGAACAGACGAGUCCGAGCUCUGCGGCCUUGGAGAAAGACGUCAAAAACACAGACUGAGAAGACAAAGUAAUGAAUCGGAGUGAAAUAUUGAAAACCAGUCUGGUUCUGAUGGUUUGACUCGCACUCUUUGAUUCUCAGAGGCUACUGUCCCUUCUCAUCUCUCUCUCUUUUGAAAUUUGUGUCAUACUAGAUAUGCAAUGGGCUUAAAAUUUAACUCCUUGGAUAUUUAUAUCAUGGCAGAUUAGGAAAACUAGAAAACUCGGAGCAGCAAUAUUCAUUACAUAAACUAUGAAUUGUACUGUAUGCAUCGAGGCAAGACAGGCGCAGGUGACGGAAGAGCCAACGUUCUUACAUGACCGUGACUGGUUCACCGUAAUCCUGAAAUCCAUAAGGCUUUUAACAACCAUUUUGUCUUUUUUUUUUUUUUUAAUUAAUGAUUAGUUAUGCAUACUUUCUGAGAUGAAAUGGUGUAGAUACAGGAAGCUGUUUACUAUCUUGACAGCUGAAGUAAAAGUGUUUUAUUAGCAGAAGGUGGCCGAGGUAUUUGGUAAUGCUUAAAAUAUCUCAAAACUUAUGGAAAUUGUGGUUUUGUGUACAGGCUCACUAAGGUAAAUGGCUGUAACUGGUUACAGAAUGAAAAAACAAACAAAAAAAUCAUUAAAUAAGUUCAGUCGAUGUCUAGGCAAAUAAAUAGUAGCUAGAUCAUAUCAUAUAUGAUAUGAUAGAGGGCUGUUUGAUGGUAAAUAUACCUACAUUUGAUCAAAUUGAUGCCUUUUGCCUUCGUAGGGCACCCUUUUUUUUUUUCUCGUUAUCACACUUUCUUUGGCUCAUCAAAGUUCUUAUUCUUUUUUUUUUUUUUUUAAAGAAAGUGUUUUCCUAUUAAUGAAUCAAGCUAUCCAUUACAGUAAUAUAAUCUGAUAUGUUUAAUUUAAAUUGCUUAAUUUGUUUUUUUUCUUUGUUAAUGUUGGAGUGUUUACCAUCUGUGCCAUGAUUAUGCAAGAAAAGUUUCAGCUUAUUUAAAAAAAAAAAAAAUUGCUGUAAUGUUUCAUGAAGCAUGUAUAAGAUGAUCAGCAAGAAAUGGAAAU